GCUAUCUAUUUCUCCUCCUCAGGGAGGCCCCGCCCACCGACGCGAUUGGCCCAUAUCUGAAGUGGGGCGGGGUAAAGGGGCGGCCUCCUGACCGUGAUUGGCCUAAGGGAUUAAGUUCUGUGGACAGGAUUGGUCGCUGCGCUCGAGAACAUCCUCAACUGUUUUUUCUCCCUGGCCCCGCCCACCGAUGCAUCGGAGACGGCGAUUGGGCAAUAUCUGUCGUUGGCCCGGGGUGGGAUAAAGGGGCUGUCUCGCGACGGUGAUUGGCUGAGAGGAUGAAGUCUUGCGGACAGGAUUGGCUGUUGCGUUCGCGGACAUCCUCCUCCUCCUCCACCCGCCCUACCGAAACCAGGGCGCGCCAAUCGUCAACACAUUGACGGGUUUCCACGCCCCUUAGGGGGCGGAGCUAUAACCAGCCAAUCAACAAGACUAAGGAUUCUGAGGGGGAAAGUGACAUUUGACAGUUUCCCCGAUGGCCUACCACGCCCCUUAGGGGCGGGGCUACCUGACAACCAUCCAAUGAACAACACUAAGGCCUGUGAGGCGGAAGUGACGUUGGACAGAGGCAGCUCAAGUCGAGCUCUGAUUGGUCGUUCUCUCUUUAGGUUGUCAAGACCCCGGGUGUUAUUAUUCUUGGGCCCAGUUUGUGAGGCGAAUAUGGACUGGAGCGGGAGGAUGGACGCUGUGGACAUCCAGCCAGACUGCCUUGGACUUUACUGUGGAAGAAUAAUGGGGAUUGUAAAUGGGACUGAGGUUCACGGCGACUGUGGGGUGUGUCCGCGAGGGCAAAGGACAGACGCCCGCAAGAUCUGCCGGGAAUGCACAGGAUCCCCAGAGCGCUACGACUGGCUCUAUCUUGGCUUCAUGGCCAUGCUUCCCCUGAUCUUGCAUUGGUUCUUCAUUGAAUGGUAUUCAGGGAAAAAGAGCUCCAGUGCUCUCUUCCAGCACAUCACUGCUUUAAUUGAAUGCAGUGUGGCAGCAAUUGUUACUUUGCUUGUGAGUGACCCCAUGGGCUCCCUACAGAUCCGUUCAUGCAAGGUGGUGAUGCUUUCUGACUGGUACACCAUGCUUUAUAAUCCAAGUCCUGAUUAUGUUACCACUAUUCACUGUACCCACGAAGCAGUCUAUCCCCUCUAUACCAUUGUGUUUAUAUAUUAUGCCUUCUGUUUGGUGCUCAUGAUGCUACUCCGUCCACUUCUGGUAAAGAAGAUUGCUUGUGGCCUGGGGAAGUCAGAUCGGUUUAAGAGCAUUUAUGCCGCCCUUUACUUUUUCCCAGUCUUAACGUUGCUCCAAGCAGUUGGAGGUGGCUUGCUGUAUUAUGCAUUCCCUUAUAUCAUCAUUGUUGCAUCUCUUGUUACCCUGGUUGUGUAUCUGUCUGCCUCUGAAGUAGAAACUUUCAAAGAUCUCCUCGUCAGGAAGAAAAGGCUUAUUGUUCUCUUUAGCCAUUGGCUGCUGCAUGCCUAUGGAAUCAUUUCCAUUUCCAAACUAAACAACAUCUACCAAGACUUGCCUCUGUUGGCUCUGGUACCUGCUCCUGCUCUCUUUUACUUGCUUACUGCAAAAUACACUGAACCGUCCCGGAUACUCUCUGAGGGAGCAAAUGGACGUUAACCAUAAUGGAUGCCAAUCUGGGUAAAGCUUUUCUUCUUGGGACAAAAUUUUACUCCCACAUUGAAUACAAGGCAAGAGUCUGGCCUUCUAAGCAGCUUAUGGACACUCACUGCAUGAAAUGUCUUAAGACUGUUUUAUCGGCCAUAGGACCCCAAAGCCUCUGUUAACGUGAAUGGUCAAGGAUCAAGCCUUGUUUUGUGUACGUAUAUUUGUCCAUCAUAUGUGAAAAAUGAAACAUUUUGUACAGUGCACUUGGAAAUACAACAUAAUUUAUUUCACAAUGCAGUAUUUUAUCAUAUCUUUGAACGAGGAUGUGUAGUAGAAUAAAAUUUCAGUAUUCUGACUUCA